CAAACUUUAUGAAUGCGUAUUAUUUUUGCUUGGACUUGAACGCAGCACUGAGUACAUCUGCUCGGGUUUUGUUUUACUAGGGUGGAGAGCUGGAAAGUUCGCACUGUUUGAAUGCAGUUGUUGAACAAGCUGCUUUAAAACGUCCUGGCAUAAUAUGCCUUCUUGGGUAACAAGUGCUUCAAGCAGAUCCUGGAUGAAGUCUGUAGGACAUCUGGUGGUCCUCUCCUCUCUCUGUUGUUUUAUCUCUGGAUACUCUGACAGAGAUAGAGUACGUGACUUGAUGUCCAAGUAUCCUCUCAUUGAUGGUCAUAAUGACCUUGCUCUUCAGCUGAGGAAACUUCACAACAAUCGUCUGAGCCAAAUUGACCUUCAUAAUGUUAGCAAUGUGGCCACCGACAUCAACCGUCUCCAAGCAGGCCAUGUACAGACGCAGAUGUUUGCAGUCUAUGUGAUGUGUUGGGCCCAGGAGAAGGAUGCCGUGCGGCUGGCUCUGGAACAAAUAGAUGUGGUCCGACGCAUGUGCACUGAGUACCAGGACUUUGAGCUGGUCACAUCUACCCAGGAGAUUAAGCAUUCUGAAAUGAAACGUAAGAUAGCCUGUCUGAUCAGUCUUGAGGGGGGUCACUCCAUCGACAGCAGCCUGCCAGCCCUGCGGAUGUUUUACCAACUUGGGGUCCGCUCCAUGGCGCUCACACACACCUGCAAUACACCCUGGGCUGAAUCCUCUUCAAAACUGUACAAUGUCUAUCAAAGACAGAACAACAGCCUGACAAACUUUGGAAAGGCCGUGGUGGAGGAGAUGAACAGACUGGGAAUGAUAGUGGAUCUUUCCCACACUUCUUGGGAAACGGCCUCGGCGGCGCUGAAUCAUUCUAGGGCACCAGUUAUUUUUAGCCAUUCAUCUUCCUACUCCAUCUGCAACCAUGAACGUAACGUACCUGACUGGCUGCUGAAAGAGCUGAAAAAGAAGCAGGGGCUGAUCAUGGUGAACCUCCACAGCAAAUUCAUAUCCUGCAGGGAUGAAGCAAACAUCUCUCAUGUGGCUGACCAUUUUGACCACAUAAAGAAGGUGAUUGGAGCAGAGUCAAUAGGAGUUGGAGGGGACUAUGAAGGUGCUGUGAGCUUUCCUCGAGGGUUAGAGGAUGUGUCAAAGUAUCCCGCCCUGAUUCUGGAACUCCUGCAGAGGAACUGGACGGAGAAUGAGUUAGCUGAUGUCCUUCGAAGGAACUUCCUGCGAGUGUUCGAGGGGGUCGAGAGGGUCCGUGAUCAGUUGAAUAGCACCGGGCCCAGUGAGGUCCAGAUCCCCGUGGAGGAGGUGCAGAACCCGUGCAGGCUGGUCCUCAGACCUCCGGACACGAGAGACCACCCUGACCGGAGCGGAUCCUCCAGAGCCCGACAGGAACCAAAAGGUCUGCUGAUGCUCUCCAUCGUUCUGCUGCUCUCCAGCCUUCACAUGAUUCAAUGAGUGCUUAGAAAGUUCAGCUGCAGCUUGAUUUUUAAAGUGGAUUUUUUUUUUAAAUAAUACAUUAAAAAAAUAUAUACAUUUGACGUGUAACCCCAUUUGGGUUAAAAUGUUAAAAACCACCUCUGUAUAAAGUAUAUAUCUAUCUAUAUAUAUAACUAUACAUUAAUCAUCAUUCCUCUGAAAGGAACUCAGUUCGUUUUGGAGUUUAUUUAUUACAUAUUUAAUUUGUUGCUGAAUUUGUUGUAUCUUGGCUGACACCAUCUCUAUGAGAUAUAAUAAGUUAAAGGUGAAUAAUGACGCUGAUCAAUAAAACUGCACAAAUGCUA